AUGCUCCCAACCCCGACUUCGCAAUCCGCUGGCGAACAGAAGAAAUUAAAGCGAGAAUAUAUGAAAGUGCGUCAAGAAAUGAAUGCUACGAGUAGUCAAGAUGAAUUUGCCAAAUGGGCAAAAUUGCGCAGACAGCACGAUAAGCUGUAUGAUCAGCUGGAAAAGUCAAAAUCCUCUCUCGAUUCCACCAAAUCCACUUUCGAUACAUCUGUUUCUACACUCCGCUGGUUGGGCACAAAUGGUUUACGCAUGUUAUUACAAUUUUGGUUUUCUAAGCAGGCUAUGUUUUGGUUACCUAAAGGAUGGUUUCCUUAUUACGCAGAGUGGUUGUUGAGUUUCCCACGAGCACCAUUGGGAAGUAUCAGUAUACAAGCAUGGACACUUGCAUGCGCAGCUGUAAUUUUGUUGGUCAGUGACGCUUUGGUUGCAGUGGUUGCGUUGGUUUUGGGAGCACGAACUGGCGUUCAAGGCCAAAAAGCGAAAAAGAUGGAGGAGCCUAUGAAAGCUGGUGGACAAGGCACGGAGAAGGCUGGGAAGAAAGAGUUGUGA